AUGUCCUCGGCCUCGGGGGCACAGCGUCAAGGCCCGCGCGCCCCGAUCCGCGAAAUGCCCCGUGGCCAAAAUGGCAUCGCCGGAAAAGGGGCUGGCGGCAAAGAGGCUCGCCAGGCUGGCGGGGAUCCGGCAAUCGGCAGGAGGCCCCUGAGGGAUGCGAAUGUUGGAGAUGCGGGGCCACGGGGGCCGCAGAGGGCUGCCGCGCGAAAGCGGAAGGAUCCGGACGGCCUGAGGCCCGCACAGGCGAAGCGCGUGCGCAUGCCGGCGCUCGCAGCAGGACGCGCACGGCGGGUCGAGCGCCACGCGCGGGUGGGGUGGAAGCUGGAUGAUUUUCACAUCAGCAGGCCGCUGGGAAGCGGCGCGGGAACGUUUACCUUGCGAAGGAAAAGGAGUGGCGCGAUAGUAGCCCUGAAGGUCAUCUUCAAAUCCCAGAUGGAGGGGGAAAGGAACAGGCAACAAAUGCGUCGAGAAGUGGAGAUCCAGUCCCGACUUAGCCAUCCCAACAUUCUUCGCAUGCAUGGCUAUUUUUACGACCAGCAACGGCUGUAUCUUGUGCUUGAAUAUGCAAAAGGGGAGUUGUUCCAAGAGCUGCAGCGGCGGAAGUCCUUUUCUGAGAGAACAACAGCCAAGUACAUAGCCUCCCUGGUCCAUGCGCUGCAGUACCUGAAGGCGCAGGGCAUCAUACACAGGGACAUCAAGCCUGAGAACCUCUUGCUUGGGUUGGAUGAAACCCUAAAACUUGCGGAUUUCGGGUGGUCAGUGCAUGUCCCUGUGAACGCACGACGCAUGACCCUUUGUGGCACGUUGGACUACCUGGCACCGGAGAUGGUGGGAGGCAGGGCGUACAACGGCUCUGUUGACGUGUGGAGCCUAGGUGUGCUGAUGUAUGAGUUCCUGUUUGGCAAACCGCCUUUCGAGUCGGUUGAUCACAGGGCCACCUACAGGAGGAUAAAGGGCGUGGAUGUGAGGUGGCCCCAGCACCCAUCUGUCAGCAGUCAAGCCAGGGACCUUAUCCAGAAGCUGCUGACUGCUGACCCAGAGAAGCGGCUGCCACUGGAAGAGGUGAUGACUCAUCCCUGGAUUCAGGCAAACGCCAGCGCUUCCGCCCUCGAUGCAGCUCAAUGA